UAGCGGGUGGGGAAGGGUUCACCGAGGGCCACCCUCUCCCUCCUUGCCCAGGCGGGCUCGGUUGCGUGGCGGGACUCUGGUCCGGACUGAGGUGCCGUCGGGACGCGGCGCGGCGGGGCGGUGGGGGAAAAUGGCGCUGACUCAGGGGACCAAGCGGAAAGUCUGCUACUAUUACGACGGGGAUAUUGGAAACUAUUACUAUGGUCAGGGUCACCCCAUGAAACCUCACAGGAUCAGGAUGACUCACAACCUUCUUCUCAACUAUGGUCUUUACAGAAAAAUGGAAAUUUAUCGACCUUACAAGGCAAGUGCCGAGGAGAUGACCAAAUAUCACAGUGAUGAUUACAUCAAAUUUCUGCGGUCAAUUCGGCCAGAUAACAUGUCUGAAUACAGCAAGCAGAUGCAGCGAUUCAAUGUUGGAGAAGAUUGCCCUGUGUUUGACGGACUGUUUGAAUUCUGCCAACUUUCUACAGGAGGGUCUGUUGCAAGCGCAGUGAAACUAAACAAGCAACAGACAGACAUCGCGGUGAACUGGGCUGGAGGCUUGCAUCAUGCCAAGAAGUCAGAGGCUUCUGGCUUCUGUUACGUCAAUGAUAUCGUCCUGGCUAUCUUAGAAUUGCUAAAGUACCACCAGAGAGUGUUGUAUGUUGACAUCGACAUCCACCAUGGUGAUGGUGUGGAGGAAGCCUUCUACACCACAGACCGUGUCAUGACAGCGUCCUUCCAUAAGUAUGGGGAAUAUUUCCCAGGAACUGGGGAUCUGCGGGAUAUUGGUGCGGGUAAAGGAAAAUAUUAUGCUGUCAACUAUCCUCUCCGGGAUGGGAUCGAUGAUGAGUCUUAUGAAGCCAUUUUCAAGCCGGUGAUGUCUAAAGUGAUGGAGACAUUCCAGCCGAGUGCCGUUGCACUGCAGUGUGGCUCAGAUUCUUUAUCAGGGGACAGGUUGGGUUGUUUUAAUCUGACCAUUAAAGGUCAUGCCAAGUGUGUGGAGUUCAUCAAAAGCUUUAAUUUGCCCAUGCUGAUGCUGGGAGGUGGUGGCUACACAAUCCGUAACGUGGCCCGGUGUUGGACGUAUGAGACGGCUGUGGCGUUGAACACAGAGAUCCCGAAUGAGCUUCCUUACAAUGAUUACUUUGAAUACUUUGGCCCGGAUUUCAAACUCCACAUCAGCCCUUCCAACAUGACCAACCAAAACACCAAUGAAUACCUGGAAAAGAUAAAGCAACGUCUCUUUGAGAACCUGAGGAUGCUCCCCCAUGCCCCUGGCGUGCAGAUGCAGCCAAUUCCAGAGGAUGCUAUGCCGGAGGAGAGUGGCGAUGAAGAGGAGGAAGAUCCUGACAAACGGAUUUCCAUCCGCUCUUCGGACAAGAGAAUCGCCUGUGAGGAGGAAUUCUCGGACUCGGAGGACGAAGGGGAAGGGGGUCGCAAAAACAUUGCCAAUUUCAAGAAGGCUAAACGGACAAAAACAGAAGAAGAGGAGAAGGAGGAGGAGGAGAAGAAAGAAGUACACGAGGAAGAGAAGAGAAAAGAAGAAUCCACAGAGGCCAAAAGCAUAAAGGAAGAGGCAAAAUCCACCUAAGAAACGUUGGACAGCUGGGGAACACCACACCUCCCUGGUUCAGCACUCUGGUUCCCUCCCUAUACCACAAGAUUUGUAUUUUAUAUGUUUGUGUUGAUUAUUUCUGUAAAUCUAUGGGGGAAUUGAGAUCUGGCUGCCCUGCCCUAGAUGAGCUGCCAGGAAGAUCCGGAACCUGCUUAUCCCAGGGAAGUACCAUUUCCGAGAUUCCUGCUUCUCAUGUCCCCCUUGCUUUUGCCUUGGGGAGAUUUGUGUGUUUUCUUUUGGAAAGCAAACCCCAAACUUCCCUUUGGUUUGUCCCUGCUUGUGUUUUUAAAGGAUGAUUCUCUUCUUGGAGAAGGUAAUUUUUCAGGGGAAAGCUCGUCAUCCAUUCUCCUUUUCUUAUACUAGUUUAAUGAGGUAUGGAUACAGCCAAAAAACUCUGGAAGAAUUAUUUGGGGUGAGAUGGGGGGAGAUGGAGGUGGAGCCCAGAAUUCCAAGCCAUCUUACCCGUCUAUAAGCCUCAGAAGGGUCGAUCCCUUUUGUGGAACCAUGAAUGUAAACCAUGGUUUAUUUCCCCUAACACCUCUUGAUAAGUCCCCCUAGGGCAGUGAUGGCUAAUCUUCACUGAUAUGGCUUCGCGUGCCACCUGUGGCAUGUGUGCCAUGGGUUCACCAUCACGGCUCUAGGGGUGUCAGCUCUGGAGUUGCAGGGGAGGCUCUGAUCUCACCCUGCUGGUAGUAGGAAAAAAUCCCUUUGGAGCCAGGAGUGGAUAUGUGUGUCUCUGUUAGCGAUGCCGUUUGAGUUUUGUGAUCCCCGAUCCCCUUUUUAAAAUUGUCUUGGGGCUUUUGCUUAUGAAUGAACACAAGCCUCGAGGGGAAACCUUAGGAAAACCACCCUGGUGCAGGAUGGUCCUAAAACAAAGAAACCUGCCCAAGCCUGCUCCCUGUUCCUGAAUUGCCUAUUUCCAUAUUGGAGCAUUGGCUCCAAUAGGCUUGCAGGUGGGGUGAGGUUUCCAGGGAACCAAGGAAGUGGGAGAUAGAACAGAAUGUCACUGUUUGGGGUUGACCCCAGCGAUGCUGCUAAUUUGCCAUGUCACUCUUUCAGUGGUAGAGGGGGAAAAGGUGGGGUUUUAUUUUUUUAAGCCUUUUUUUUUAAGUUGCUUGGAUGCAAAUGCCCUCCAGUCCUCCAGUUGUUCUUACUCUUUGAUACUUGUAUUGGUGGAAUAAAAUAUCAUUGCAUUUGUGUGUUCUGGGGG